AUGGUAAUCUAUUGUCAUUGUUGUUUAAUUCCCAUAAUAGAAAACUUGACCAAGGAAGAAUACAGCGGUGAAUAUAGAAAUGAUCUCUUGAACUUAGGUGCUUCUUAGAACACACUUAACCCCUAACAUAGCUUGGAUACCCUCAAGAAUAGACUCUGGGUUUCUGAGUUUUAUCGCCUUCAACAUGGUGUUGAACACGCUCACUGGCCUCAUUUCUUCUUGAGAAACGUUGGCAGACAUUUGAACAAAUAUAAAUUCAACUAUGCCGUGAAGGGUUAUUUGGUUUAUCUUUUAUACAGAGAAUUCGCCAAUUUCCAAUAUUAAAACUCCAUCAAGUUCAUGCCUGCUAAUGAACAGUCACUUCUCCUAGCUAAAAUGGGAUUGAAUGGUGGAGCUGCCGCUCUCGCAUUCUUAUAUUUCUGA